GCUGCGCCCGUGUCCGCUGCCCGCCCGGGAGCCGCCGGCCCCAGCCCGCUCCGAGCGCCGCCACAGAGCACCAGAGAGCCGGUGCUCGGGGGUGUGUGCAAAGAGGCGGGCUCGGUGAAGCACUCCAAAACCCCCCAUCCCACCCCUCAACGUGAGUGGCAUGAACUUGGAGCCGGGUGAGUGCGGGAUGAACUCGGUGAGCUGUGGCAACGGGAAACUCCGCCAGUGGCUGAUCGACCAAAUUGACAGCGGCAAGUACCCGGGGCUGGUGUGGGAAAACGAUGAGAAGAGCAUCUUCCGCAUCCCCUGGAAGCACGCUGGCAAGCAGGACUACAACCGCGAGGAGGAUGCUGCCCUCUUCAAGGCUUGGGCUCUUUUUAAAGGAAAGUUCAGAGAGGGCAUUGAUAAACCAGAUCCUCCUACCUGGAAGACAAGAUUAAGGUGUGCUUUGAACAAGAGCAAUGACUUUGAAGAACUAGUGGAGAGAAGCCAGCUGGACAUCUCAGAUCCGUAUAAAGUGUACAGAAUAGUGCCAGAAGGAGCUAAAAAAGGUGCAAAACAAAUCAGCAUGGAGGAGCAGCCAUUAAUGAUGAAUCACCCUUUUCCAAUAACUUCUCCUUACACUUCACUACCGUCUCAGGUACAAAACUACAUGGGGCCCCAUGAACGGAACUGGAGAGAAUUUGCCCCGGAACAGCCCCAUCCCGAUAUUCCCUACCAGUGUGCCAGCAUCCCUUUUGCAGCUCGCAGUCAUCAUUGGCAAGGACCUGGUUGUGAAAAUGGUUGUCAGGUGACAGGAACUUUUUAUGCUUGUGCCCCUCCUGAGUCCCAGACUCCUGGCAUCCCGAUUGAGCCAAGUAUAAGGUCUGGUGAAGCCCUUGCACUGUCAGAUUGUCGACUCCAUAUCUGCUUGUAUUAUCGUGAAAUACUGGUAAAGGAGGUAACAACUUCUAGUCCUGAAGGCUGUAGGAUAUCCCAUGGCCAAAGUUAUGAGGUCAGCAGCCUGGAGCAAGUUAUCUUCCCUUAUCCCGAGGAUAAUGGCCAGAGAAAGAACAUAGAAAAACUGCUGAACCACUUGGAACGAGGAGUAAUACUGUGGAUGGCCCCUGAUGGCCUUUAUGCUAAGAGACUUUGUCAGAGCAGGAUCUACUGGGAUGGCCCCCUGGCGCUCUGCAGCGACAGACCCAACAAACUGGAGCGGGAUCAAACAUGCAAGCUCUUUGAUACUCAGCAAUUUUUGGCAGAGCUGCAAGCUUUUGCUCAUCAUGGACGUCCACUGCCGAGAUACCAGGUCGCUCUGUGCUUUGGGGAGGAAUUUCCAGAUCCACAGAGGCAGAGGAAACUAAUUACAGCCCAUGUUGAACCAAUGUUUGCCAGGCAGCUGUAUUACUUUGCUCAACAAAACAGUGGACAUCUUCUGAGAGGCUAUGAUUUACCAGAACUUGUGACUAGUCCAGAGGAUUAUCACAGAUCUAUUCGCCAUUCCUCUAUUCAAGAAUAAGAUCCUCAGAAUGAUUGUUUUUAAAGCCACUGUAAAGAUUAUGCAGAAUGGAGGAGCAGAUCUGGAUUGCAAUUUGGAGAUCUGAAUCACAGCUGGAUGCAUUCAGGGUAUCAAGGGUUCAAUGAUAGGAAAGUGAACUAGUACAAUAUUGCAUGAUACAAAUGAUGGGUUUUCAACGUUUGGAUGCUACAUCUCACGUAGAUUCCACUUUUGCUGGUAAUAACUCAAAACUGACGAAAUGAUUGCUAUGUUUGCAUUUGCUUAAUGUUUUCCUUGGGUUUUGAGGACUGAUUCUUAUUAAAGACUCAAAUCCAUAGUUUACACUGUUAAAUUUACAGGGCUAUUUAUUUUGGAUUACUGAUCUCAGGGAAGGUACACAAAUUUGCGGUAUUCCCGGUUUGAAACUAUAGCUACUAUAGAUGAGUAGCAAAUGUAGAUGAUUUAUUGAGAAUAGUUAUACAUGU